AUGGACGCGGCGCAGAACAACAACCCCGGCGCGCUGAGCUGGCGGCUGAGCUCGCAUCCCAUCACCCUCUUGACGUUCCUGGCUUUCAGGAUAUCAAGCGUCUUGAUAUACUUUCUCGGCCUCUGGAUCAUACAUAGCAUGAUCAUGAUCUUCAUCAUCACCAUACUCCUCCUCGCCGCCGACUUCUACUACCUCAAGAACAUCGCCGGCCGCCGCCUCGUCGGACUGCGCUGGUGGAACGAGGUCAACUCGCAGACGGGCGAGUCCCAGUGGGUGUUUGAGAGCAGCGACCCGGCCACGAAGAUUGUCAACAGCACAGACUCGCGCUUCUUCUGGCUCGCCCUCUACCUCCAGCCCGUCCUGUGGCUCCUGCUGGCCAUCUUGGCCCUCGUGCGCCUCCAGUUUUUGUGGCUGCCUCUUGUCGUCAUCGCCCUCGUCCUCACUAUCAUGAACACCCUUGCCUUCUCCCGCUGCGACAAGUUUGGCCAGGCGUCUAAUCUGGCCGGAAGCGCCCUCGGCACGACAAACCUGGCGGGCAGCAUCGCGAGCAACAUGUUCAGCCGCUUUCUCACUCGCAACUGA